GCGCGGAACGGUGAGUUCGGAAGGGGGCGGGACUAGAGCGACAGCGCCCCGCACACUCGGCCCUGGCGGCGGCACCUUUCCCGAAUAAAGCAGGCUAAUCAGAUUCACGGAGGAGGAGCAGAUCGUAGUGAUGGGCCCGCCGAAGGGAGGAGGAAGCGUCAGUGUACAUCGUCCGCGGACUGAGAGGUGGACCGGAGCGCUUCGCCUUAGCGCAGCGCAGCCCCUCGGCGGCCGCAGGUGCGCGCAGGUGAGCGCCAUGAGCCCCCCGGUUUCGCUUUCGUGAAGGUGAAGUCUUCACGCAGUUUCCUAGGCGCCGACAUGGAGAAGGCGCCGAGGAGCAGGACGCCGCCGACAAAAGCUAGGAAGCUGCUCCGGAAGAAACCGCUGCGCUCAGUGGGCAGCUUCGUCAGCCGCAUCCUGCGAACUUUGAGCACUUUGUCGCGUCUCGGCGAACACGAGAACCCCGAGCCUGAGGACGACGACGGCGGCUUUCGGGACGGUCCUUGCGGAGAUGUCGCCCCCGGCCCGGCUACUCAUGGGCACACCCGAGAGCGCUUUGCCCUCAGCCCGACUGACAAAACCCCUGGUGUGCUGGGGCUCAAGAAUCACGGCAACACCUGCUUCAUGAACGCCGUGGUGCAGUGCCUGAGCAACACGGACCUCUUCGCCGAGUACUUGGGGCUGGAGCGCUACAAGUUGGACCUGCGGCCCCAACGGGCGGAGCACGGGGAGGUCACGGAUCAACUAGCCUCGCUGGUCCGGGCACUCUGGACUCUGGAGUACACCCCGCAGCUGUCUGUCGACUUCAAGAACAUUGUGUCUAAGUAUGGCUCCCAGUUUAAAGGAAACUCUCAGCAUGAUGCCUUAGAAUUCCUGCUGUGGCUGCUAGACAAAGUUCAUGAAGAUAUCACAUCUGCACCUAGCAGCAUCAGUAAGAUGAGACAGCCUGGAAAGGCCCUAGUGACAGUAGAUGAGUCUCCAGGAGAUGGGCAACUGCCACCAGAUGGAAGUCACAGCUUUGUCCAGAACCAUUUUCAGGCUCAGUACAGAUCCUCUUUGACCUGCCCACACUGCCAUAAGCAGAGCAAUACCUUUGACCCAUUCCUGUGUAUCUCGCUGCCCAUCCCUUUACGACAGACCAGGCCUGUUUAUGUUACUUUGGUCUUCCUCAACAAAGGGCAACGAUACUUAAGGAUCGGAUUGGCUGUACCUCUUUUUGGGUCUGUGGCAUGCUUAAGGGAGAUGGUGGCAAAUGAAGGGAAGGUCACACCUGAUCAGGUAAUUCUUACAGAGCUCUAUUCCACUGGUUUUCAGCGGUCAUUUUCUGAUGAUGAGGAUCUGACCAGCAUAGCUGAAAAUGACAGUGUCUAUGCUUUUCAGGCUCCUACAUUGCUCAACAGAAAUGCAUCUCAUGUUUCAGGAUAUCACCAUAGCUUACCAUCAUCCCCCUACUCCUCAGGCCAAAAUGGUCACAAGUUGCCACACUCGGGCACCUUAUCAUCAGAGUUUCUACACCAGGGAAUGUUGGGGAAGGUGCUUUUGCUUAUUUGCAGUACUACGGGAACUGGACAGCAAAGUGUUCGAUUUGGGCCUCCAUUCUUGAUGAGGGAAGACCGAGCCAUCUCAUGGGAGCAGCUGCAGCAGUGCAUCCUCAGUAAAAUGUGUUACCUAAUGAUUGGGGAUGCCCAAACUCAGAAUUUUGGUGCCUUGUUUAGAAUUAGAGUCGUGGGAGGAUCAUCCACCUUCAAUCACCUGUCUCCCCAAGACGCUCACCCACUGUACCACCCGGCUGUAGAGAGAGCCCUCAAAUUCUGUGGACCAGGAGGACCUCCUCAUGUGAAGUUGAUCAUUGAAUGGGAUGACAAAGCCAAGGAGUGUUUGUUUGGGAAUAUCCAAGAGGAGGUAGUCCAUGAUGAUGACAGUGUCCGGGUUCAACAACAGCAACACCAACAGCAGCACAGCUGCUCACUGGACGAGUGCUUUCAACUGUAUACCAAGGAAGAGCAGCUUGCUCCAGAUGAUGCCUGGAAGUGCCCUCACUGUAAGAAACUCCAGCAGGGUACAGUCAAGCUCAGCCUUUGGACGCUGCCAGACAUUCUCAUUCUACACCUGAAGCGCUUCAGGCAGGUUGGAGAACGCCGCAACAAGCUGUCCACUUUAGUGCGUUUUCCUUUCAAUGGCCUGGAUAUGGCUCCCCAUGUGGUCAAGAGAAGUCACAGCACCCGUAACCUGCUGAGCCCGUGGCCACAGUGGAAACAGACUGCUCCAGAUGGUAGUCAGCAUCAGCAAGACUUUCUUUAUGACCUGUACGCUGUGUGCAAUCACCAUGGAGGCUUACAUGGUGGCCAUUACACAGCCUUCUGCAGAAAUUCAGUGGAUGCCCAGUGGUACAGUUAUGAUGAUAGCAGUGUUGAACUCAUUCCACAGGAAGAGGUGUGUACCAGAGGGGCCUACAUUCUUUUCUACCAAAAACGGAAUAUUAUUCCUCAAUGGUCAGCAAGCAGCUCACUGAGAGGUUCAACCAGCUCCUCUGUGUCAGAUCACUGGCUUGUACGCUUGAAUCAAGAUAGUAAGAGGGCAAGUCUGGUCUCUAGAGUUUCAACCAACUGUGCUUCUUCUCCUGAAUCUCCAGUCUUUCUUGAAGUAUCUCACAAAGAGGAAAAAGGUGGUUUUGAAACCAGGCCCAUUGUUCGUGGCAUCCAAGGAAGAAGUGUUAGCUUGAAAAUGCCAACCAAGAUGAAAGCAGGCAUGACAAAAUCUCUACCACUCCGUUGGUCCUUUGGAGCCAAGGAUCAGCCCAAGCCAGUGCCCGGAGAACUUGUUGAGUAUUUGGAGUCAGGCAGGCGGCCAAGAUGCACAACUGACUCCAUAGUUCCUUUGAUGACUUUGAACAAUGAUGAAAGCAGAACCUAUGCAGAAGAGCUGCAGCCUCGUUCCCGUAGCCCUCUCAAAGAACCCACUAUAAGUUGUUUGGGGAAGACUUCAAGAGAAACUGUGCUGGAAGACCAAAAGAAAAUGCAGCUGGAAAAUGAGAAAAGGGGCAGCCUAAAAAAAAAUAGGAAAAUAAAAGACAAUGACACUUUGACCAGGAGAACUUCUAAGAAAAACAAAGAGGGUGAUUUAAAUACUUCUUCAUCAACUGGUAAUGGUAGAAAAAGUUCCAACAGUGAAAGCACACUAAAGAAAAACAAACUGGGAAAAGGUGAAUGGGACGAUCCAAAUCCUCCUGAAGUAACCAAAGGCAAGAAGAGUGAAGAUGGCAAACCACAAGAGGGGAAGUUCACCUUCUUCAAAAACAGCUUCCUAAGAAAGAACAGCAAAAAGCCCAAAGAGGCUGUUGUGUCCAGGAGCACAGAAAUGAUCAAUGGCCCCUCUAUGGCUACGCUGCCUAAUGGGGGACACAGUAAGAUGCCCAGUGGGAUGCUAAAAAACAGUAGCAGUGCUGGUCACCCAGUAACUGACAUCAAGCGAUCUCAGAGUUCCUCCAACAUUCAAAGCAAAACCGACUCGACGCUGAGGAGGACAGCGUCUUUACAUAGAAAUGGGCUGCUGCACCCUCCCCCAAGGGCUGGUUGUACAGAAAAAGUCACCUAUGACACUCUGCAGAAAAUGCGGCACAGCACUGCAUCACUUAACAGUAAAAAAUCAGUGCCAGAGUCCAGCUUCUGAAGAAAGUAGUAUCUGACAUUUAUAGCAGUACAAGCUAAAAAUGCACCUUGUUCCUUUCUGAGAUGCACUAAUAUUUAGGAAAGUGCCACACAGGCUGGUCCUCUGUUACCUUUCUGGGGGAUAGAAACAGAAGUUGAAAUUACACUAUGGAAAUCGUGAAUUGUUGUGUAUUGUUGAAAUUAGUUAAUUGAGCAGGUCAUUUGAGAGUUAAUGAAGCUAUGGGACAUACUAAGUUUAGUUUUGUUCUCUACUUGUCAUGUAAAGACAACAGAGGUCCCUUUGAGCAAUGGUAGUUGUUAUGCAUUGAGUUGAUGAUUAUACUUUCCAUAUCCUUCUCCCCCAUUUUAUUUUUGAAAUAGAGCUCCUGUCACACUUUUCUAGAACCACUCUUUAAUCUUAUUUACCUAAAUUUAGUUUUGAUUUUUUAUGGGGGGUGUUCCAUGUUGGUAAUCUCCUUAGUCAGAAACCAGUGAUGUUCCUACCCUUGCCUUUUAUCCCAUUCACAGAAAAUCUUCAUUGUGUCAUUUUCUCCUCCCUACUUCUCCUUCACCGUAGCAGUGGGUGAUUGGAAUCUCCUUUGCUUCGUAUCUGUAUCCAAGUUACUACCCAUCAUCUUCACCAACAGGGUUGAUAUCAUCCACUGCCUUGCUUUGUGAUGCAUCUGCAUCUAUUGCAGCUCACCUUCCCAGCCUUGAGGUGAUUAUUAUAUCUUUGCUAUGAAUAUUCUAUUGCAUAUUUGCCAACAUUUUAAACCACUUAAAGAGUAAAUAUUUAUGAUAUAGCUUACAUGUCAGGAUUGUUUCCUCAUCUGAUCACCCACUUUUCCAACUUUGGUGAUGAUGUGAAUCGGUUGUUAGGACACAAAACUUUGACCAGCAUCAGUCAAGUACAUUGAGUUGGGUUUCAUUGAUAUGAGCACAUUCUACUCAAAUAGUUUACAUAAAGAAAUAAGUGUACAUACAGUACACAUGUACAUUUAAAUCUAUGCAGGUUUUUAGACUAAAAACAGGUAAUAUUUCUUAGUUUAUAUUCCUGUAAUGUUGGAUGUUUUAUAAAAUCUGUACUUACAUGCAUUUAAAGGUGAUUCCCUUCUACAGCUGCUCCAAGUUUUAAUGAGGAUAUUGCCAUUCUCAUCUAGCCUUCUAUGACUCCAGCAAGUAUGUCCUCAUUUGGGAUUAUUUCCUGCGUUGUCGCACAUUCUUCUUUUUAUGCAGAGACACAGAUGCAAGAUGUAAAACUGUCCAGUAGAAUGGCAGCCGUGAUAUGCUAGAAGGAAGCCACCACAGGUGGCCCUCAUUAUUGCAUUUAGUCAGAAGGCAAUUCUAUAAUUUUAUAUCUUAUAAAGAGAAAAUUGUUGAAGUGGCAACACUGGAAUGAUUGUAGCACAUUAGACUGUGGACUUUGAUAAAUGUCACUUUAUUUUAUUAUGAGUGUCCUUAGCAGGAGUGUUGCCUAAAGCGGUAAUCCGGCAGUCUUGUUUUCCAUGCUGUACUGUUUCCUGUACAUGUUUAUUUAGGCCUGUAACAGCUACUGGAUAUCCCACUGUUAAAAGAAAGAUGCAGUGCUGCUUGUUAAUAAUUCCAGACAUUUUAUACUGCGAGUCAUUGGCUUAUAAUAGGAAAAUAUCCAUAUUGGAAAUAAUGCAUUUUUUUUUCAACUUUUACCUAUUCACCAUAAGAGAAAUGAAGCUUUAAAUUAUCAUUACCAUCACACAUGCAUAACAAUGUGCAUGUCUUUAAAAUGUGACUGUCUAUGAAAAUGGCAAGAAACAAAAACAGGAUUUUCUAAAAUCAAAAUUUUUACUGGAAAGUAAGUCUGAAAAAGCUUUGCAUAGUUUUAUUAUGCAUUUCUACAUAACAGCUCCACACUUGUGUACUUCUUCAGGAGAAACCAGCAACACGUAUCCUGUAAUGUGACUAGAGUAACAUUUUGCUCUAAUGGUAAGUCAGUUGUGAAUAAAUAGUCCUGUUUGAGAAUUUACUUUUCCUGAUGUCUGUGUGUAGAUGCAAGUCAUCUUAUUAGUCUCCUGCACCUGCAAACGGUAAACAGCAGAAAACGGAACUUGUAGAACCCAUCCUCGAGUUUAUCGUUUUUGACUAUAAAUACCUGUGUGUGCGAUCCCUCUUUUAUCAAGUAUAGUGUUUUUUUAAUUGGAUUUUAUUAUUUUUGCUAAACAGGUGUUAACACUUUAAUUCGAAAUGGGAUCAAAGCUGUUGGCUGGGGUAAGAGGAUAGAGGUUCACAGUUUUUUGAUGUGUCACUUGCUAGAUACAAGUACACCUCCAGCACAACAGAUGAAUUACCCUUUAAAAUGUUCAAUUUGGCAUCAAACUAAUAAUGCCAUUGGUAUACCCUAUAUAUAAUGUAUACUUUUUCAUUAUACUUAUUUCAGAAAUUAACCAAGCAAAGGUCUUUUGACCUAUUAAUCGAAAUUUCAGUUACCAAGGAAUGUUUUAACAGAACUUUCAUAAUGAUAAUAAAAUUAAUGAAUUUUAAUGAAAUUAAAAUUAAUGAAAUUGCCUUGAGGACACUCAGUGCCCUAUGGCAGAGCCCUUCUUGCAUCCAUGUUUUGCUACACCCCAAAUCAUGGAGCUGCUUCUGUUGGGACAGGAUUAUAACUCUUUAUAGUGCUAACCAUGGCUUUGUCAUGUCACUAAAGAUUUUUUUUGUGUUGUUUGUGAAAGAGAUCAGGUUGAAGACUUUCCACUGAACAAUACUCAGGUGUCUUUUUUAUGCUUAUCUUAAUAUACUGUACCUUUUUUAGUAUGUGAUUAAGGGGGAAACCCUGUGAAGAUUAUAUAUAAACAGUUUUCCCAAUGUGUAAUUUAAGGCCUCUUCAAUUAUAGGAAAAGCACACAAGAUAGCAGGCAGCUUGGAAUAGUCUGCCCCCUAGUGGUGCUGUUUUUGUUUCUUCUGAAGAGCACAAACAUGUAAAAGGCAGGCUGACUAACCCUCUCUUUCUGUAAGGUGGCUGGCUGCCUUGCUUAGCAAAGAUUUGAAAUCGAACCUUACCAGAGUAGACGUUUAGAUGUUUGUUUAAGGCAGCAGGUUAAUCCACCCUUUAUAGAGUGCCAUUAACAUUGAACCACUAACAUGAUCUUUAACCUUGAAACAUUUUUUUUUUUUUUUUUUUCCUUCUUCCUUUUCUGUCAUAUAUAAAGGAAAAAAAAUGUUACCUAACAGCAUUCUCCAAGGUAUGGGUCUUCUGGAAUAUCCGACUGAAUAACACUUUGGAAUUAACUCUCCUUUUGGUGCCAGGACACAGUCCGCACAUUCAGACCGUGCCCAGUGCCCACGUUUGUUAUUGUUAUAGAGAAAAUUCAAGCCAGCACAGCUGAUUUCUUGGCCUAACUACCCAUCAUAUUUUACAGUACCUAUCUAAGCAAUAAAAGUUUAUUGAGAGACUUUCAAAACCUUGCUAGGAACAAUCAGCCUUCUUUUCCCUGGACUUUCCUUGCAGGAGCAGACACCAGUUUCUUUGUUUACCAGAAUGAGCACUUAAAUGAGCACACACAUGAAGGAUUUACACAUUGGGGUGGGGAGGCUUAUUUUAAUUUUCUAUGACUCUCUUAAUUUUAUACUUGCUUUGUAAGAACCUCUGAGGACUGUGGCAAAAAUGGAGGAAAUGGGUCCUCUCUGAGCUUUAAGGGUUGGGGUCAAUAAGAUAGAAUUUAAAUACGUUUUGGUAUAAAUGAUAUUGAAAAAAAUUGUAGAAUUGAUCUACUGGCAGGUGUAGAUAUAUUUAGUAUUAACAAGAGACUUUUAUGAUGUACUAUUACAAACGUUUGUUGUAAAAUGUUAUAUCAGAGUUUUUAUUGAAAGAAGUCUUUUUUUAUUUACCUAUAUGUUUGGCAUCGCAUAAUAAACUUUUUUAUUUUUAAUACUGCAAAUAAAAGCAUUAUUUAUCACAAA